AUGAGCAAACGCGAUAACAAUAAAGAUGACCAAUUAUCUGCAAGAGACAAAAAAAGGGCUAAGACUAGGGCUGCAAGGACGAUAGAUACUUUCGGUGGUAGUAGUAAUGAUAUUAACGUCGCUAAUUAUGCACCAAGAACCAUCAAUGCAAUAGAUUUUGCAGAGGCUAGAGCUUUCGAAAUUAAUGCAAUGAAUGAUGCUUUGGAACGUGCAAGGAAAACAAGAAAUACUAAUGUGAUCCAAUGUCUUCCUCGUCAUCUUCGACGACGAGCUGCAAGUCAUAAUGUUAAACGUCUACCAGUUCGUUUAAGGAAGCAAGCUACCGAUGAGAUGAUGAAAGAUAAUACUGCACCAAAGAAUCCAAACAGGCGCAAAAAAAGGCGCCCUGGCUCAUUAGCUGAUGAAUAUAAGCGAAGACAAGGUACCAAAAGAUGGUUAGAAACUCAUAUCUGGCAUGCUAAGAGAAUGAAGAUGACCGAAUUAUGGGGCCAUAAACUGGCAGAAUAUCCAAAUGAGAAAAGCAUUAAAUCCUCAUAUAAAGCAAGCCAACACCUUUCUAUUAUUCAUGAUGCAUCUUAUUUCGGAUGGAUUCAAAUAUCAGGAAGUCAAAGUGUUAUUAUCAAGUUAUUAAAUAGCGUGACUGAUCCAUCUCUACCUUCAAUUGGUAGUGAAAGAUAUUUAAAUGGGAAACGGCAAUGUUCUACUUUUUUAUACCACUAUCUUAUGUAUCCCACACAUACUAUUGCACCAGUAAACUUGAUGUGGAAACCAACUUCCAUUAUCGAUACAAGUGCAGAAGAUAAUAAAGUUACAAGGCAUGUUUUAAUAUGGAUUCAUGGAUGUGCCUUUGAUGAAGCUUUUGAAGCAUUAAAUAUAGCUAUUGAGACAAUGGAAUUACAAUAUGAAAUAUCUAUUUCAAAUCUUCAAGAUGAACUUCUGAUGUUUGAAUUGACUGGUCCAAGAUCAACAGCUUUAUUACAAGAAGUAUUAGAUAUUGCUGAUGGUGCUUCUACUUGUUCUGCAUCUGGAUUCAAUAUUGAAAGUUCAUUGGCCAUUAGUACUAGCGUCAAUCCUGAUACCGAGAUUUUGGAAGUAAAAAAGGCUUGCAUAAAUAGUGAAGCACAUAAGGCUUGGACUACAUUACGAGAUUUACGUAGUUCGGCGUCUUUACCACCAGGAGUUGUACUUGGAUUAACUGUUUUUGAUCCACGAUUGCGAUUCCCAAAAAAAGUUCCACCACGAACGUCUCAAAUUUCUCCGUCAUCAUCAGUUGCCUUGCAAAAUUUGCUAGUAAAUUGGCCUGAUAAUAUUGCGAAUUGUGAUAUAUGGGAUGAGAAAUGUAGAAUUCAUUUGAAAACGAACAAAAUUGGUGAAGGUGAAUUAAAUAAACGAAGAAGCGAAUUACUUGUUCCAGGUCAAAAACUCAUUCCAAAGUAUAAAGAUUCAUUGAUACCAAUAUUAUUAAUUCAACGAGAUGGUCUAAUCACCACAAUUAAUAAAUCAAAUAACGAAAUUGACUCAAAAAAAAAUAAUUCAUCACCAGAAUAUAAUAGUGGUUGGAAUAUAAUUAUACCAAGUGGGUGGGGAAUGGAUUUUUGGAAAAGCUUUGUGUUUGCUGGUGCAUGGGUUGGUGGAUUAAGAGAACGGCACUCUAAUCAUUUUGAAUCCGGCAUGCAAUGUUUUCCUUAUGAUUUUCCAGGUGCAAGGUCAUAUAAUCUUUAUUCAAAACAACAAAAAGAAAAGCAUGAACAAGAAUAUUUAAAGAAACCACCGGCUAAAAGAGUAAAUUAUAAAAAAUUACAAGUUACUUGUCCUUUUGAACCUGGAUUCGAAGCACUAGUUGGGAUUGAGAAUGUAAAUGAGGAAAAAGAUGAGAUAAAAGAGGAGAAAGAAGUUAUUGAGGGAAAUAUCGAUAAGAUGGAUGAGGAUAAUACAAAGGAAAUGAAGAAUGAAGGGGAAGAAAACACGACUGACAAUAAACCGCAGUCAGGCACUCAACAUGAUAGUAACAUUAUAGAGACUGGUAAACAAAAGGACACACCACGAAUAGGCAUUAAACUAGUUGUUGAACAGAAACUAUGGUUACUUCGAGGUGCAAAAAAUAUCAAACUCCUUGAGAAAUAUUGUAUCACCACAUGUCCCGAUGGUGUUGAAGAGUUUUUGACAAAAUUAAAGGCACAAAUUAGGGAUACGUUUGCGAAACGUGUAAUUUCCUUAUUACCUGAAUAUAUCGAUUCCUGGAGUCUGGAACAAGCGUUGGUAAAUGUUAGAGUAAAUUUAUUGGCAAGAGGGUGUCCAAGAUGGAAUGCUAUUAUUUACAAGAUUGGAAAAGGAGAUGCUUAUCAAAAGUGGGAGAAAAAAAUAAAAAAGAAUGAUGAUGGUAAUAAGGAUCUUUUAAAUGAUGAACUUGACGAUAAGGAGAUUCCAUGCGCAGAUGACAUAAUUGGAUAUAUAACAACUAGUCAAUUUUCUUUUAGUCAAGGGCAUGGAUUCGGAAUUGGAUGUUGUUCUGUUGUCAAGUGUUUGGAAAUGAUCAAAGUUGAACGAAGGUAUAUUUAA